AUGUCUAAAAAAGCUCAAAAGGCAAGAUAUAAAAAAGAUUUUAUAACUUAUUGUAAAAAUUGCAGCCGAAAAACAUACAGAAUAACAACAAAUACUGAUCUAAUAAACAAGCUCUUUGUUUCAACUUACCCUGUUAUUUCAUCACUGCGUAAAUCAACAUCACGCAGAACAAAUCAUAAAACAUUUCCGUCAGAUAAUAUAAAAAUAACUGAUAUUGUCAGGCAUGAAUUAAAUACACCACAAAUGGCAGUAUUUCAAUCAAACGAAAAAAUUCAAAUAAAGUUCAUUGAUCUUCAUGUUAGUGUCAAUGAAAAAGAAAUUCUCAAAGAUGUUAGUGGUGAAAUUAAUCCAGGAGAAGUGAUUGCUAUUAUGGGGCCAUCUGGUGCUGGUAAAUCCACUCUCCUUAAUUUGCUAGCUAACAGGAAAACAAAAGGUGUUGUUUUAAAUAGCGGUUCAAUUUUAAUAAACGGAGAAAAAAACUCCAAGUUCUAUCGAAGAAAAAUAGGAUACGUAAUGCAAGAGGAUAUCUUUUUUUCACACCUCACAGUUAGACAAACCUUAGAAUUUGUAGGCAAAAUCCGACUUCCUGAUAGCAUGAAAUGGGAUGAAAAACUUGCUGUUGUGGACAAAGUAAUAGAAAAUCUUGGUCUACGUAAAUGCGAAAAUACUGUAAUGGGCGGCAACUAUUUCACGCGUGGUUGUUCAGGAGGCGAGGCAAAACGAUGCAGCAUUGCUGUUGAACUGAUAACUAAUCCGGCUUGCAUAAUUUUGGAUGAGCCGACUACUGGAUUGGAUUCAUCCACAGCAUUUAAUCUAAUGAACACUCUAAAAAAUCUUGCUUUAAAGGAAAAUCGUGCAAUUUGUUUGACUAUUCACCAACCUUCCAGUCAAGUGUUCCACAUGUUUGACAAAUUGCUGUUGCUGUGCAACGGAAGGGUUAUGUUUUUUGGGAAAAACAGUCACGUUUUACCUUUUUUUGAAUCUAUUGGAAUGCCAGUGCACUCUCAUUGGAAUCCUGCUGAUUUUUUUAUUGAGAAACUAAAGAAGACAGAAAUUCACGAGAAAGUUGCUGAAGGAUUUAAAGCAUUUCAGAAAAACAUAGUUGAAGAAGAACAAUGUAGCAAUGCAAUAAGUGAAAGCAAAACAAAAAGUCCAGAUGACAUCUCAUUUUCAUAUGAUAACAUUGCUUAUGAAGAGCAUAAAGCUGUGGUAAACAAUGAUAGUCGAACUAGUUACGAAAUUACUUCUGAAAAAAACGAAAAAAAUGAGAACGGGUCUAUCUUUAAAGUACAUACUAAUAAAUGGCCUACGUCAUACAGGACCCAAGUAACUGCAUUGUGGAAACGAACUUUUAUUCAGACAAAAGGAGAUGUUUUUAAUGCAGUAAAUAUAACCCAGGCUUUUUUGGUUUCAAUAGUUUCUGGACUUAUAUGGUUUCAAACACCCUAUGAUGAAAGUUCACUACGUGAUCGCGAGGGAGCGAUUUUCUAUAUAAUGGGUUUCUUGUUUAUUGAGUUAAUAUUUGACACGGUAUUUACAUUUCCUUCGGAAGAUAAAGUUAUUGAAAAAGAAAGAGCUGCAGGAAUGUACCGUUUAUCUGCGUUUUACACUGUAAAAAAUAUAGUUGAUUUGUCGGUUUUAAUCAUACCUCAAUCUUUAAUAUACACAAUAUCAUACUGGAUGAUUGGAUUAAAUCGUUCUUCAGUAUUCCUUUUAGGCUUAGUUAAUGUGUUUUUAUUAACAGCUGUUUCACAGUCUGUAGGCUUAAUUAUUGGUGGCAGCAUUAAAAGUCUGAAAACAUCCAAUAUAGUAACAAUUUUGUUCUGUUAUACAAACAUGAUGUUAGGAGGUUUCUAUACAAAAAGAAUGCCAACAUGGUUUUCGUGGGGCCGAUAUCUUUCAGUUUAUGCGUAUUUUUACAAUAUUUUUGUUAGAAUGGAGUUUGAAUACGCAAAGGAAAAUUUCCAGUGUACUAAAAUAUCUACAUAUCGUGAAUGCUUUUAUAAUAACAGAAGCUACAUCACUGGACCAGAGUUAUUAACUUACACAAGUCCUAUGGCUCUAGAUGUUCCACAAACAAUAAUUUUUUUAGUGUCGUUGAUCCUGAUUCUUCGAACUAUAUUUUAUUUUGUGCUGAAAUAUUGCAACAAAAUCAAAUAAUAAAAAGUUAAAUUAACAUAAAAUUAA